GACCUCUCAUAAAUUAGGACAUCAAUAAUAAUACCCAACAGUAAGUUUAACCUCAGAAGUCAAUAUGAGAAACUUAGCGUUAACAGUGUUGGUGAUUCUUGCAGUGAUAAUCCUUGUGACCGCUCCUCCUCCAAAACGUGGGAGGGGGCAUAGCAAUACACGACCAAGACACGAGAGACACGAGGGACGGUCGCCGGGAAAUGAGUCGAAAAGGAGAGAGCAUUCAUCAAGAAGGAAUCAUGCUCACAGAAAGCGUAACAGAGAUGUUGACAAUCAUGAUACUCAAACAGAGAGGACAACACGAUUGAAUCCAGUGACAACUCAAAGCCCAAAAUGCGAUUGCUCUAAGUGUUUUAACGUCAAAAAGCCUGGACAGCCACCAAUCAACAGGCCCAGAGCAGCUAAUGGAAUGAAAUAUCUUCAACAGUUUGGGUAUAUGCCGUUUGCACGAUCUGCUGCAGCAUUUGAAAUGUCUGUCGAUGCUUCAGGAAGACCUAUGGCACCGGCAAAGAUGAUUUCCGAGUCUAUCAAAAAGUUCCAAAGGGUGGCCCAUAUUGAACAAACAGGUAUAUUGGACGAGGCAACAUUAGAAAUGAUGGAAAAGCCAAGAUGUGGGGUACCCGAUACUAACAUCCUCGACAAUGAAUCAAGAGACAAAAGAUAUGUCACCCACUCGAGCAAAUGGGAAAAGACUCGUCUAACGUACAACAUAUCUGGCUUUACAAAUGAUCUUGACCAGGCCAUAGUUGAGAAAGAUAUCGCAGAUGCCUUUAACUUCUGGACGAGUGUGACACCUCUAACCAUCACUAAGGCAAACCAGGGGAAGGUAGACAUCGACAUAUACUUUACCAAUGCUGAUCAUGGAGAUGGUAGUCCGUUUGAUAUGCAAGGAGGAGUGCUGGCUCACGCAUUCUUUCCAACGGGUGCUAUUGAGUUUGAUGUCGCUGGUGAUACUCAUUUCGAUGAAGGGGAGGUUUGGACAAAUGGGGAACGCAGAGGCGCCAAUCUGCUGUACGUAGCAGUGCAUGAAUUUGGUCAUGCACUGGGACUCGCUCACUCGGAUCAGUUUGACUCGGUGAUGUAUCCAUUCGCACGAGGGUAUGAUCCUAAUCUGAAGCUUUACCAGGAUGAUAUUGAUGGAAUUCAAUCACUUUAUGGUGUUAAACCAACACCUUCAGAGCCAAAAUCAACCGCUCCUAGCACCGAACCGACAACUCCUAAAAUUGAGACAGAUGCUCCAACAACGCCAAGAAUGACAGAACCGUCGACCACAACUGAAACGGAAUCUCCAACAACGCAAAGAGUGACAGAACCGACAACAUCUGAAGUUGAAACAGAAGCUCCAACAACGAAAAGAUUGACAGAUGAACCAACUACUAAAGUGACCACAGACCCUCCGACACAAAGACCUAUUACGGAUCUACCAACAACAACAUCACCAGAGACUGAGACGUGUAUCAACACCAUGGAUGCGAUAACCAUCACUGUAUUGGGUGACACUGUGGCGUUCCGAGAUUCACAGGUUUACAUAUUGUCCGUCAGUGACUAUGGCGUCCAGGAAGGAUACCCAAAACACAUUUCUGCAAUGUUUCCCCACGGCCCAGAUGAGGUUGAUGCGGCUUUAACAUUCCCCCAUUACAAGCCAGGAAAAGAAUACAAGAUUGGGGAGCAGAGUUACACGUGGCUGUUUAAGGGUGACAAGAGCUGGAAAUAUCAAAAUGUUGGCGGAGCGCUGGUGUUGGCUACUGGGUAUCCAAGGUAUAUCUAUGCAGACUGGGGAUUACUGGGUGUACGAGACAGGAGGGCAUCCGAGGGAAUAGAUUCUGCCUUUAUAUGGGGAAAUUCAGGCAAUGUUUAUUUCACUAAAGGGAACCAGUAUUGGAAGUAUAGCGGGACUAUGAGAAGGAUGCUCAAUGGUUACCCAAAGUCAACCAACAGGAUCGGCGUACUUAGACGAGCUGGAGUAACUGAGGUUGACGCCGCUUUCCGGUGGAUUAACAAUAAAAUAUAUUUCUUUAAGGACGGGCAGUACCAUAGAUACGAACGAGGGCAAGCGAAUCUCAUUGGACCUAAAGACACGGGGAAAUAUUGGUUUGGAUGUUCUGAACCUUAAGUCAAGAUCGUUGGACGGCGACGUUCAAUAAAUAAGAAGAGUAAAAGCAAACGCCAGUUGCAAGAACAAAGGACCAGUCUCAAAGUACCUAACAAACUUUCCCAAAACUAAGGAUGGUUAUAAUAGGCAUUAUAAAGUACCAAGAGACAAACCGUAUAUUUGAUUUAGAAAACGAUUACCCAUCGACAAUUCUUAUACUCGAUCAAAUCAUAUGAUUAGUUCGAUUUUGCUGUAUCAAUUUAGAUGUUUGCCCAUCGAGAAAUAAUUCAAUGACAUUGUUUUAUAACGCCAUCUGCACUUCAAAUUUUAUUAUAGAAAAUGAUGAAAUACCUCGCCACUCGGGCUAGCCACUAAGUAGUUAGACUUCUUAGUUUGUGUACGUAUGCAAUAUGUAAAAAAUCCAUAUUUUUCAUAUUUAAAAUAAAACCUACAAAAUAAAAACACAUGUGUU